AUGAGUGCCCAGGCACUUCGGCUGCCCCAGCGCAGCGUCAGCGACUCGAAUCGUCGUCCUGAGGGCCUUUCCGACGAUGAAGACCGGUAUGACUUAUUCGCCGGCCUGUGGCAAGAAUCGCCUUUUGUUAGGCUUCCGUCCGAUGCGCCGCCCCAACUCAGUUCCUUCGUUCGCGACAUCGAAAACCCUCGUCGAGUCUACGCAAUCCACCGUGCCAGCCGUCGCCACGACUUCCAACUCCUCGUCCAACUCUACAUCCAUCAGCUGCGCGAUGGAUGCGGCAAUGCAACCUGCAUCACACCAACAUGCUUCAGCUGCCGGAAGCGCCUCGUCGGUAAAUCGCCAAUCCGACGAUACAAUCCCACGAGCGCCAGGACCUUGGCCAUAUAUCUCGCCAGCCAGGACAAUCCAGAAAGGGGCAUAUGCCCGUCGCUAAGACGGACGAGGGACACCACUCCUGCAGUGAACAACUUGGUCUUCUCAAAAUGCUCCGCCUCAAAGCCUAGCCACCAAAAAUCGACCGACGGCAACGCUCAAAACACAAGCAGCAAGACAGCCAACCAGUCGCAGUUGGAGGACGGUCCUCGCUCGAAAUCUGAGGGUGCAGAGUUGCUGGAGACGGCAACUAACGAUGCGACUCGAGAAACCGAACCUUUGCAAAAUUCGACAGAGAUCUGCGUCUCCGAGCGGCCUGUUACUCGGGACUACAGAUCUUUCGCUGCUACGGCGUUUGGUACGGUCGCGUUCAAGAUGAUUGAAUGGCUGACGCCAAACUCCCUAGACGCCAUGUCUAAAAAGAUAUCCGACCUUGAUUCCUCAGCACAAUCGCCCCCAAAGGCAGCACCCACCCCUUCGUCUGAGCCUCAGUCAGUCCCUGGGAAAGACGCACGCGACCACGAUGACAACCGUGACUCUACUGCCUCCCCCCACAAGCCUUUGCCGAACACCGAUGUACAUGGUGUUGCAGAGUCCCGCGGCAAGAAGGACCAAUCUACUCCAAAACGCACCUCAAAGCCAGCUUUCCGCCCUAAGUCGACGGUCGAAACAACGCGACGUAAAUCUAUCGAGCCUGUCUGCGUUACCACCGAAGCUGAUAAUACUGCGCUUCACCGGUCGACUCGUAUGAACGGAUAUCAUCCCGAUAAGCUCUCGCGACGAACGAAAUCUCCAACCACCAUUACAUUCAAGCCAGCUUUUUUCGAAAACGUACCGAUUCCCGCAUCCGUCGCAGACGAAGUUACCGUCACUUCGUCAGACGGUGAGGAGAGUACCAAGGAAGAAAUGUCAAAACCAGCGCGGCCAGGCAGCAUUCACGAGCAUGAACACCAACCUAAACAGCAGUCGGCUGAAGAAGUGCAAAACGAGGAUCUCGACGAUGCUGCAGCCAUAGAUUACCCACUACCGCAAACGCUGUCGCAGCUCAAUAUUGAGAUUAUCGACUUCAUCUGCGAUGUGUAUAUCGACGAUGGAACAUCGGAGGAUUCGCUUCACGGCACAUUAGGCAACUGUGAAGACUAUUCAGAACUACAAGAUAGGCACGGACAUUGGGCGAGGACGCCCCGACAAAGAGACGCCGUGUACAAAAACGAGUGGAGAGCCUUUCACGAACAAACCUUAUUCAGCGUCCUCAGCGAUCCAGCUGCAUUGGUUACAUCUUUCAGCAAGGAUGGAAAACUAUUCGAUUCGCAUACCUUGUGGCACUGCAUGUUUCGCCUUACCAGAGCAUCGCCAAGUCUCGUUCUCCAUAGCCUAUGGAUGUCGGCCGCUAAGGAGCGUCUCUUGCAUGAGACAAGAGUGCCGACCCUCCUCCUUGACUGGGCCCGAGCGGUCUUGCUGCACGAGUGGGAUGGCAAGGCUCAGUUUCACAAGGAUGGUACCUUUUACGGGGCGUUAUUAUUCAUGGACACUCUUUAUGCGAACAGAAAUGUUCUUUUGCUGGGAGAAAUCCAGUUCCGGGUAGAAUACUUUUCUGAACGCCUUGAUGCCAUGCGUGUGCCUGUACAGUGGAUGGCGACAAAGUCAACAGACAGCUUGGGAAAUCUUCUCGAUUAUCCCUACCUCUUCCGAUCCGAGAUGCUAGUCACAUAUUUCCGAUCUAUCAACUUUGCAUGCAUGAGCCGCACAUUCGAGGAGGCCAGUUCUCUGAAGCGUCGCAUGAGCGCCAUCGUUGAUCCCGGGAGUCUGAUAACGAAUCCUCAUCACAAGGUCGUGUUGAAGGACAUGCUGAGAACGGCCGCAUCAAAGUACCUCGUUCUGGAUAUCGGCCGCACCAGCGUUCUUCGCGACGCGUUCGAUCAGCUUUGGCGGCGUCAAAAGCGAGAGCUGCUCCGUCCUCUCAAAAUUCACCUCGGCGAGGAUGCUGGCGAAGAGGGGUUCGACUCUGGUGGCGUGCAGCAAGAAUUCUUCCGCCUAGCUGUUGCGGAAUGCCUGGACCCUGUGUACGGAGCAUUUACGGUGGACGAUAGAAAUUACAUGGCAUGGUUCAAGCCCCAGUCCGCUGUUGAGGACUGGAAGUUUGAGCUCAUGGGCUUGCUUCUCUCUCUUGCUGUAUACAACGGGUUGACCUUGCCUGUCAAUUUUCCGAAAGCCUUUUACCGCAAGCUGCUCGGAGAACCGGUCGAUCAACUUUACCACAUUGCCGACGGCUGGCCGGAGCUGACAAGCGGCUUGACUACGCUCUUGGAGUGGGAUGAAAAGGACGGCCUCAUUGAGGACAUCUUCGCCCGAACCUAUGAAUUCUCUGUACCAGGAGUGGGCAAAGAUGUGACGAUACACAUGCUUGAGGACAAGCACAAGGAGAAGCCGGGCUCUCCUAUCAGUAACCUUAGCGAUGUGCCAGAAGCGCCGUACGUCACCAAUGAGAAUCGCGACGACUACGUUGCCGACUACAUUCGCUAUCUCACUGACUACUCGUCCGUCGUGGAGGGCGUGCAGGAGAUUGACAUUUCGGAGCUGCGCCGGUACACGCGCUACGUCGGCUGGGACACGUCGCACCACACGGUUCGCGACUUUUGGUCCAUUGUGAAGCGCUACGACGACCGCAUGAAGCGCAAGCUGCUCGAGUUCGUCACGGCCUCGGACCGUGUGCCCGUGAGCGGCCUCAAGAACGUCCAGUUCAUCAUCCAGAAGAACGGCGAGGAGACCGAGGGCGGCCACCUGCCGACGGCGUACACGUGCUACGGCACGCUGCUGCUGCCCGAGUACCGCGACAAGGAAGUGCUGCGGGAGCGUCUGGGAAUGGCGCUGGAGAAUGCGCAGGGCUUUGGCUUUGCGUAG